GCCCUUUUCGCCUUCUUGUAAGCUCCGCCGCUCUCUUUUAUCUUCCUCGCGGACGGUGCCGUCCCGCCUCCACUUCGUCGUCUCGCUCCGACCGAUUGCUUCCGGUCUCGCUGUCUCACUGGUUGAUCAACAGCCAUGGCGUCGGCUUUUACCGCUCUCCUCCCCUUGGCCCCGCUCCACCGGAUCUCCCCCGUCAACAGCGCGCGGAGGUCGUUCCCCUGCCCCAGGAGCCUGUGGAGAUCUAGGGUUUCGAUGAGCGUCUCUGUUGGAUCCAGAUCCUCCGUAGCCAAUGACGCCCUCUUCCAGGAUUACAAGUCAUCCACUGCCUUCUUGUUUCCUGGACAGGGCGCACAAACGGUUGGAAUGGGUAUUGAAGCCCAGAACGUAAAAGCAGCUGCUGAAUUAUUCAGGAAAGCAAAUGAGAUACUUGGUUUUGAUCUAUUGGAUGUUUGUGCAAAUGGACCAAAAGAGAAGCUUGAUUCAACAGUUAUAAGCCAGCCUGCCAUUUACGUCACUAGUCUAGCUGCUGUUGAAGUAUUGCGAGCACGUGAGGGAGGCCAGAAUAUAAUAGAUUCUGCAGACGUUGCUUGUGGCUUGAGCUUAGGCGAGUAUACAGCCCUUGCAUUUGCUGGUGCAUUCAGUUUUGAGGAUGGUCUCAAGCUAGUCAAACUAAGAGGAGAAGCAAUGCAGGAUGCAGCAGAUGCUGCCAACAGUGCUAUGGUAAGCAUCAUUGGACUAGACUCUGACAAGGUUCAGUUGUUAUGUGAUGCUUGCAAUGAAGAAGUCGAUGAGCAAAAUAAGGUUCAGAUUGCAAACUUUUUAUGCACGGGUAACUAUGCUGUUUCUGGAGGUCUGAAGGGAAUUGAAGCAGUUGAAGCUAAGGCAAAGUCUUUCAAGGCUCGGAUGACGGUACGCCUUGCGGUUGCCGGUGCCUUUCAUACGGGCUUUAUGGAACCCGCCGUCUCCAGAUUAGAAGUUGCACUAGCAUCAACAGAAAUCAGAACUCCUAGGAUACCGGUUAUAUCAAAUGUGGAUGCCCAGCCACACUCUGAUGCCGAUACAAUCAAGAAAAUUUUGGCUCGACAGGUCACUUCACCUGUUCAGUGGGAAUUAACUGUGAAGACUCUGUUAAACAAAGGGCUGAAGAAAAGCUACGAGUUAGGACCUGGAAAGGUCAUUGCGGGGAUCGUGAAAAGAAUGGAUAAAUCUGUUGAGAUCGAGAACAUCGGUGCUUGAUAAGUUCUCCGGAGGAAGGAGCAUACUGUAUUUCUUGCGACCUUAGCGGACCUUAGUGGACGAUGAGUGCUAAUUUCUGCUUCCAUGGUAGGAUCAACUAUCAGAUGUUCAGUUUGCCUGUGGAACAGGGCGCAUAAUUCGUUUGUGUACGAGUUUGAACAAUAAGGUACUUUAAACUCGGUUAUUUUCCCUUUUUUUCUUCCA